AUGUUCAGCUUACGGCCAGUGAUUGUCGUUGACGGCACACACUUGAAGGGCAAGAAUAGGGGUAUUUUGUUUGUUGCAGUGACGAAGGACGACAACGAGAGUUUGUUCCCACUCGCGUAUGGUGUUGGCCCGAAAGAGAACGAUGAAUCGUGGACUUAUUUCAUGUCACGCAUUCGACGUGUUUAUGGCCAAGCCAAUCCACUUUUGAUUGUCUCUGAUCAACAUAUCUCCAUUGCCAAUGCUAUCAGGAAUGAGUUACCAAAUGCCACCCACGGCCUAUGCUACUACCAUUUGCAAAAUAACCUGAAGCAUUACAGUAAGGCAGUGGUCGAGGUGUAUCGACAAGCUGCAUUUGCGUACGAGAAGUCCGACUUCACUAGGGCUAUGAACGCCCUGAAGGUUAUGAAGAGAGCCGCGUACGAUAAACUAAUGGGGAUUGGGUCGGAAAAGUGGGCUCGUUCGAUGUGUCCUAUGCCUGUGCGACGCUACCGUUUUAUGACAUCAAAUGCUGCUGAAGCUUUUAAUUUCAGAUUGUUGUGGGCAAGAAGACUUCCUAUCUGCUCGAUGUUAGAGGCAAUCAGAAUUGUUAUUGAGAAAUGGUUCAGCGAGCGACUAAGGGCUGCACAACAAAUCGAGCAAGGCUUGACUGCUGAGGCCGGUAAAAGGGUAGCUAUUGAAGUCCAAAAAAGUCAUCGAUACACUGCACAAAGGUUGAGUGGCAUGAAGUAUAAGGUGCAAACUGCGAGGGUGCGCUGUUGGAUCACCGCUAGAUGCUACCACCAUCUGUCCGAGGCCCGGGACGCGCUCCAAUGCCCAGACAUAUAA